AUGUCUUUCGGCAGACAUGCCUACAGGCAUGCUGUUAAACCGCCUACUGGCCCGACCCUCGAUCAUUUAUGGAUCAGUGACGACCUACUCGCAGCAACCUUCCGCCGCUUUGCCAACGGCCAACGGCGCCAUGGGAGCUGCGUUCCUGGACCAUUGGAAGCACGGCGGCGUCUUGCAAAACGAAGGAACACAGCACUAGCCAGCAUUGGUGGAGGACCCGUUGAAGAUAUCGCGUGUCUCUUCGGCCGCAAUGGGAAGGAACACAUGAAAUGGACCGACCACUCGUGGCAGAGAGUGCCAUUUGAAAAUCAGAUUCUAGCCGAUUAUCCCUUAGGGUCUCCCGCAGCUCCGAUCUCUUUCUCGGAUCAGAAUCCGGUACCUCAUAACGUUUUCCAAAUUCCCUCGUCGGAUUUCACUAGAAUUGAUCCGCAAGCACACGAAAACAAUCUGGAAGAAUUUUUGAAUAGAAACAAUUGGGAAAUUGAAGAUGCCAGGGAAUUUACUCGACACAUGAGAAUUGAUCUGCACCGGGAGCCACGAUAUAGCCGACAGAUAUUUGAGCGGUUACUUGCCCGCUCGGACCAGAACAUUGCGGAUGCUAUCGCAUUUCUAGAUGAUCCAUUCUUGAAUACUCGGGGCUCGGGAAAUUAUGUUGCAGCCAUUGAAUUCUUUGUUCGCACCAAAGCAAAACGCGCCAAACGAACUGCUGUCCUAGAUGCGGUGAAUCGUGCCUUGGAAUUGGGCUUGAUUCCCACUGAUGAUAUUUGUUUGAUCAUUAGUACUUUGCCCAAUGUCAUUGUCGAACGAAAAAGGUCUCUGAGAUCGUGGGACCAGAAUGCACUUUUGAAGCACUACCGGGCGAUGUGGAGAGCCAUUGGGCGCUGUAACAUUCUGGGAUACCGCGAUCUGGAUAAAGCAAUCGUGGACACCUGGCUCGGAGAGCUUCUGGGUAUCCACAGCUUUCGCUUUGCGGAGGAAAUCAUUAUCGAAACUCACGAUGCAAACAGUCGAAGCCAGUGGCCCUCUGUCUUGGUUCAAACAUGGCUGAAAGCUAAGGAGGCUGAUUUGGAGACAAAGAUGCCCUUUCCAAACAAGAUUUUCAGUCAGCUUGAUGUGGACUCUGCCGCGGACUGUGUUAUUCGCGUGACGGAGUCGUUAUCGUCAUCUUCAAUUGACAGAGACACUAGAAGCCAGUUGCUUCGACGAUGGCGGGAUUGCCUCUCAAAUGCUGAAGUCAUCUCGACCGUCGCAGAUUCACAGGCCUGGUUUGAUUUCCCUCUUCCACAAGUUGGAACUCAGAAGAACACCCCUCUGAACCACUCAACCCAAAGCCAGAUCAUCUUGAGACUAUGGCUUUUACGAACCCUUUGCCGGACCACUGGGUACAUGUAUAACAAGAGCCCCAAAGCAACAGACCGCCCAAUCCGCUCAUUGCUCAAUCUCUAUGAUCUCUUGAUACAGGGUACCGAUGGACACUUCUUCCCAGAUCUGCUACGGGAAAUCCGUGGUCUCGAUCUUCCAUACAACAGGCUUCUCAUACUAGCCCUUGACAAAAUGGGCAAAGGCUCCAUCACCAAAAGCACCCGUCAAACCCUUGAACACCUGGAAACUUCUCAACUUUCCCUUACAGAUGUGUGGAAAACACCAUCCAUCUACAAGGGAAUCCAAAAUCUUUUCCACGCUACAUUCGACCAGAUGUUCCAUUGCAUGGAUCUCACCAGCCCAGACACAGUUAAUGAACUUCUACACAUCGCUCGAUCAGGAGACUCAAAAAGUACGCGGUCUAUUUUGAGACUGCUCAACAACAAUACCCCUUUCAAAAUUUGCCUGCACAAAGCCUAUCAGGACAUCCCACACCCUGAUGAGAAGAUUCUUGUGCGAUACCACCCUGGUCCGCGCAACAGCAAAUGCCCCGAUCCCCAUGCUGCUGUCGGCCUCAUUAACCAGCUGGCGGUUGCAAUUUCCUGCUGCAGGAAUUUGACACCAUGCCAGUCCUUUCACAUGAUCCACUGGCUCUACGGAUAUCUGCGUAGACACGGCGGGCCUGUCGAUCCGGACUUCGUACGAGCUAUGUAUCAUGCUGGUAUUGUACGGAGACGCCGUGAAGGUCUUAGCAUCUCGACCACUCAAUACGAGUACAUUCUUUGGAUAGUCGGAAAAUUUGAGGGCCUUGAAGUCGUUCAGCAACUGACGUCUGGUCCUGAAAUUGGCGAGUCGAGACUUGGUCAUCAGUGA